CUGACUACGUCAAGCAAGAUGUCCACAAGCCCAUAAGCUAGUUAACCUACGUUUUAUUAUUUUAUUUUUUUUCUUGGAAUCGUCUAAAAUUUUUGAAGUAAUCAAAAUGGUCUGACUGUUACGUUUCAAAUGAAAUGAAUGUAACCCGGUGGGAUGUGGGAUGUGGGAUGUUGUAUGACAUCGUCAUUAUAUGCUUAAAAACGCCAUUGCCAGUUCUGGUUGGUUUUCUAAUAGCAAACAAGCUUGGCUGUGUUAGCUAGCAGGCUAGCUAGCGAGUUUGUAGCUACGCCUUCGAUGACACUUUUCACUGGAAAGCCAAGAAAACAGUAUGCAUGGCCUACAUGCUGCUGAAUAAUAACUGAUCCGUGCAUGAGGAAAGGCCGAGCCGGACUCUGUCUGCUAUAGAGAGAGCACAAGCAGCAAAGACAGAAAGAUGGCUGUGCAGAACAGAAAUGCAGUGUUGGUCCUGUCUGGGCGAGAGCGGGGAACUCGGAUGUUGGGAUCCCAGCGGCUCCUGCAGCAGCUUGUGGAGGACAGGACACGCUGGAUGAAACUGCAGAGUCAGAAAGUGGAACUGCCUGAUAAUCCUCGCUCAACCUUCUUGCUGGCCUUCAGCCCAGACAGGAAUCUCAUGGCUUCCACCCAUGUCAACCAUAACAUUUACAUCACAGACGUGAAAACUGGAAAGUGCCUGCACUCUCUGGUGGGUCACCGCCGGACCCCAUGGUGUUUGACUUUCCAUCCAACAAUUCCAGGUUUGGUGGCUUCAGGGUGCCUUGAUGGAGAAGUGCGCAUCUGGGACCUACAUGGUGGAAGUGAGAGCUGGUUCACAGAAGGGAACAUAGCCAUUGCGUCUUUGGCCUUCCACCCCACAGCCCAACUGCUGCUAAUUGCCACCAACAACGAGCUGCACUUCUGGGACUGGAGUCGGCCUGAGCCCUUCGCUGUGGUCAAGACCGGCAGUGAGACAGAGCGUGUCAGGCUUGUAAGGUUUGAUCCUCUUGGACACAAUCUUUUGACAGCUAUCGUGAACCCAACCAACCAACAGAAUGAUGAAGACUCUGAUGUUCCCAUGGACAGCAUGGAAAUGGCCCUGUUCCGUCAGCGUUCUGUGCUCCGUUCCCCUCCUGUUCGCCGCACUCCAAUUUUGCACAACUUCCUGCACAUCCUGUCGUCUCGCUCCUCUGGAGGAACAGAACCUCGUGAACCUCCUCCCAGCAUGCCUCUGUUUCAGUAUCCUGGGCGGAGUGAGCUAGCAGAUCGGCCUCCUCAGCAGAGCUGCACUCAGCACCUGGGGCUUGGUUGCCUGUGCAGUCGCUGUGCUGCCACGUCUCGAAACGUUCAGAAUCCUUCUGCCCUGCAGUCUACAGACUCUGCCCAUUCACACUCUCAUCCGCACCCACAGCCUCCCAACCAAUCACGUCCUUCCUCAGACAGGCCCUCUGCUUUUAGCAGCGUGCAUAGCGGUGCAGCAGGGAGCUCACUGCACCGAGCGCUGUCAUCUCUCAGAACUAGCUUGGCUAUGGGUAGCACUCCAGAGCCCUCAGCUCGGUUGCCAGGGACUGAUUGGUCCAGUAGUUUGCUGGGCACCAGUUCUGGAGCUACGCUAAACGAGGCAGCAGUGGGCAUUGUGGGAAGGGGAAUUGUACCCCCUCCCAGGACCAGCUCCUCUUCUGUGGGUCUGCACUCCCUGCAUAGGUACCCUGACAGUUCUUCUUCCUCUUCCUCUUCACCUAUCUAUACAUCAGCCACAGAGGGUCGUGGCUUAGGACUACCUGGCACUGACCCCAGGCAGGGCAGAGCCAGCGAUGGAACCAGUAGUGGACAUCACCCCUUCUAUGACAGCUCCCAACAGAACAACCCAGCCUCUAUCCGCAACGUACUCCAGUGCAACCUGAGCCGCUACUUCAUGGAAUACGAGCGCAUGCAGGAUCUGGAGAGAGCAGGUUCUAGCCGGGAAUCAGGCACACAGGGGCCCAUGCAGGACCUGCUGUCCAGCAAUGUAGACUCAGAAAGAGCUGGGCCUUCACAUCGGAACUCUACCUAUGCUGGGGAUGGCACCAGCAGUUCCAACUUACAGCACAACCACCCUAACUGCUGCCGCUCAUGCCACAACCUCCUCACUUUUAACCAUGAAACUCAACGUUGGGAGCGUUCAAGCCAAGCUUCUUCUGCUUCAGCUCAGGAGGGGCCCCACUGGCAGAUGCCCGUGCCUGCCUUUGAGGUACCUGCACAGAAUUCAAGAGAAGAAACCCAUACUACAGCUGAGGGGCAGCAGCCAAUUCAGGGCCAACAGCCUAUGGGCCUGGUAUAUAAUCAGGACACAGGACAAUGGGAGAGAGUGUAUCAGCAGCCCACAGCCAACCCCUCCACUGAAGCAGCACAAGAAGCCUUAAACCCAGAUGUGCCUGUGGACAAUGCUGAUGAGGAUUCUCUCAGAAGGAGGCUUUUGGAGUCAUCACUCUUUCCUUUCUCCCGGUAUGACAUGUCCGGUUCCCGUGAUCAUCCUAUUUACCCAGAUCCUGCCAGGUUGUCUCCAGCUGCCUAUUAUGCCCAAAGGAUGAUUCAGUAUCUGUCUAGGAGAGAAAGUAUUCGUCAGCGUUCCUUACAGAACCGCCUGCGCACCCUAUCCACAUCAUCUGAUAACCAGGCGGGCAACCCUUCCUCUGCACCAGCAGAGGGCAGUGAUGCCGACUAUGAGGACAUAGAGGAGCCUGGAGACCGGACAAGACACAGAAUGCCUCGCAAUGCACGAAUGUCUGCACCUUCCCUUGGUCGCUUUGUGCCACGAAGGUUCCUGUUGCCUGAAUAUCUUCCUUAUGCUGGUAUUUUCCAUGAGAGAGGUCAAUCAGGUCUGGCAACCCACUCCUCGAUUAACAGAGUAUUAGCAGGGGCUUCAAUUGGUGAUGGCCAGUCUGCAGUUGCCAGUAACAUCGCCAACACCACCUACAGACUGCAGUGGUGGGAUUUCACCAAGUUCGACCUGCCUGAGAUCAGCAAUGCUUCUGUGAACGUGCUGGUUCCACACUGCAAAAUAUAUAACGAUGCUAGCUGCGAUAUAUCAGCAGACGGGCAGCUACUGGCUGUUUUUAUACCCAGCAGCCAGCGGGGCUUUCCAGAUGAGGGCAUCCUUGCUGUCUACUCUCUUGCACCUCACAACCUGGGAGAGAUGCUCUAUACUAAGCGAUUUGGUCCCAAUGCAAUCUCUGUGAGCUUAUCUCCAAUGGGUUGCUAUGUGAUGGUGGGCCUGGCAUCACGCAGGAUCCUGCUCCAUCCUACCACUGACCACAUGGUGGCACAAGUGUUCCGUCUGCAGCAGCCUCAUGGAGGAGAAACUUCCAUCAGGAUGGUGUAUAAUGUUGUGUACCCCAUGGCUCCAGACCAGCGCAGACAUGUGAGCAUUAACUCGGCGCGCUGGCUUCCUGAACCUGGCAUGGGUCUGGCCUACGGGACCAGCAAAGGAGACCUGGUCAUCUGCAGACCUGUUGAUUACCGUAAUGAGGGAGACAGCAGCACUGAUCAGAACUCAGAUCCUCUAUUCACUGCCAGCAGCAGCAGUCGGACGCGUGGAGUGGAACGGACAAGCAGGUCUGGCUGGCGAUUGGACAGAGACAUGGGAUUGAUGAGUGCUAUUGGCCUGCAACCCCGUCAGCCCGCCCCCUCAGUGACCUCGCAGGGCACGCAGACACCUGUGGUGCGCCUGCAGAAUGCAGAGACUCAGACUGAGAGAGAGUUGCCCUCGACGAGUGCAUUUCAGACCAUACACACACCACGACAGUUGUCAGAGACCAGUGAAGCGCAGACUGCCAGUACAGAGACACUCCCACACAGUGAGCCACCAGACACAGUGGCUCAUGGAGCUGCUUCCCACAAUUCCAGCACUCACACUGACUCACUGAACACCAGCCACGUUGAGUCCCAGUCAGACCCUGCCCCUGGUGAAGAUGCUCUUUCCCGGAUCCGGCGUCUGAUGGCUGAAGGUGGGAUGACAGCAGUGGUUCAGAGAGAGCGCAGCACCACUAUGGCCUCUAUGGGAGGCUUUGGCAACAACAUAGUGGUGAGCCACCGCAUUCACCGUGGCUCUCAGACACCAGCUGGAGCAGCACAGGCGAGUAAUCUAGCACCUUCAGGGGAAAACAGCCUCCACUCAAGACCAAACACGGUCCCCAUUGACACUUCAGACGAUCCUGCACCUUCUGAGCCUGUUGGUGGCCCUCUUCUAUCGGAAAUCCCCUCUAGGUCUGCCCUUCCCUCUUCAGGCCCUAGUGCAGUAGUGUUAGAGCCUCCGGCCAUGGAGGAUAUGAUGGAGGACAGUCAGAAUGAAGAACCUGAUCCACCUUCUAGGAGAGGGUACUUGGCAAACAUCAGUAACAACAACAGCAACAACAAUGAGAAUAGCAGCAGAAAUUACCCCGAUGACCUGUACAGCAGAUAGUGCUUCCUCCCACCGUUCUACACGGACGUCGCUGGAGCAGGUUGAUUUGGAUUUGGCAAGAUGUGAAUGGUACUAUGUCAGAACCUGACAGAAUGAACCCCUGAGGUGGACCUAUGUGCCUGUGUUUUGCCUCCUUCUGCUUUGGCCUUAUGUGCAGAAGUAAGAGUGCCAAAUUUCCACUCUGUCUCUCUUCCGAGGAGACAGUAGUGUGUCUACAAAUAUUUCACGGGGAAUGUCUUCAUGGAAAGCCAUCGUUGUUGCACUUGGUCCUUGCACUUCAGUUGUAGUUUUGCUUUUUUUUUUUUGAAACGUGUCUCAGACUUUUGAGCAUUCCAUCGCCAGAAAGGGCUUCUACUUGAGUCAUUCUUGUACUGGGGUACAGAAUUAAUGCGGUUCAGUUUACUGCUCCUUCAGGAGCCAUCUUUGUCACCAGUCAAGUUCUAGGCAUGGCUGCAGGCAUGGUGCUUCCCAGGGCCCAUGAGUCAUGCAUUAAUUUCAAGUGAUUGCAUUUUAGUCUGAGGAAUUGGAGAAACAUUGAAAGGACAUUCUAAUAAUCCUGAAAUAAUCAUAUUCACUGUUUGUUCACUCUUUUUGUUUGCAGAAGAGAUUGUAAACACAGCACUAUAAUCCACCCAAAUGCUCCAUAGUUUAAACUAAUAUGUAAGAACGGUGAGAGUAAAGUUACCCAUGUGUUCCUUCAAAAUGUUUUAUGAUGGCUUUUAAGUUUCCAUUUUGGCAAUUACAUUUUAUUAGUUUCCUGAAAAAAUGUAUUUCAGUAAAAAUGUCUGAGUUAAUCAUCAAAGCUGAGACAUACAUUUCUUUUACACUAUCAAAAAGGGCCAAAAAACAAAGCUAUCACCGCAUCAAUAUUCUGUAACUGCAUAGGUUUUGAGGGCUUAUGUGAACUGAGUUCAUUUUAAUUGGGCUCUGUUCCCCUGAAACAUGCUGCUUGUGCUUGUACCUGUGUUCAGCCUAGGAUGCUAAUGGUUCGUUUUGAUGCCACCAGUCAGAGCAUGCUUGUGCCACCUACAGUGGUAUCUAGUAUCUGAUUGCACUCUCCAGGUUUUCUAUGUGGGGAAUGACUGUCAAAACACAUCUCCCAAAACAAGCCUGGGUAAAGAAUUAUACUUGAAUUACGUAUAGUAGAAUAUUUCUAAGGAGCUGGCCAGUUGUAAAAAAAAAAAAAAGAAAUGGCCUUGAACCAGCAAAUUGAACUUGACCUGCAUUGAAACACAUACAUUGCUUAAUCACUGAACAGAGGGCAUGUGCUUGCGCAUGCGUGUACUACUGUGCAUGAGGUUGUAUCACAGGUAAGUGUAGCAUUUCCAAUCAAGAAAAUGACUUGAAAGCUAAAUUUGCUUGUUUUUAGGUAGAUAAGUUUGUUCUGUCUGUUCUUCUGAAGUUCUGAGUACUUCCUAGUCAUCUCUGCCCUGUGCAGGUGUCGAGCUCGACCUCUUGUGGGUGUAACAGAAGCGUUAAGGUAGGCUUUCCCAGGUUCGCAGUACUUGAGGCAAAAUCAUGAAGCAGAGAACAUCCUAGUUUCUUUUUAUUUGGUGUCUAAAUGGCUUUUAACAGUUUGGGUCAACAUGUGCCCCUUAAUAGCCUUGCUUUUAGCUGUCUAAUAUUUAUCCCUAGUUUUUGACGUCAUAACAACUGCUGAAGCACCCCACCUUCUCAUUUCUCUACUACGUCUUGAUAUUCGAGACUCAGUCAGUGUUGGACUGCUUUUCAUAUAGAACAAAAAGAAUGAGUGAGAAGAGUGACAAAAUAAUUGACACACGUCUUUGUCCAUUUCAUGCUUGGAGUGGUUUUGAUUGCUGCUGUUUAAAAUAUGAAUUAAAAUUUCACCUUUGGUGCUGUUUGUAUUUUUUAUUAUUAUUAUUAUUAUUAUUAUUAUUAUUUUACUCUUCAUAUGAUUAGCCCUGUUUAGUCAUUGAAGACACUGAUUGAAUUGUAAUGUAUUUUAGUUUCCCCAAAACACUGUUACUCAUUAAAGAAGGCAAUAUGUGGAAUUUAUGGAAAAAGGGGCAGAGCUGUAAUAAGGGAGAUAAUGACAUCUGCUUUAAUUUGAUGUCACUGUAUACUGUAUAUCUGUUGGUCUGAUAAAUCUGCUCAUAGAUAUCCAAACUGUUUGUAGGCUUUCUUCUUUUGUUUUUGCUUGCUUUUUUGGUUCCUUGUUUUAUUUUGUUUUAAAGCUUUCUUCACUGCAUUUUUGCCCACAUCAGACAAUGCAGUUCAUGUCUAAGAAACACAUCUCUGUAGUAUUUUAUUAGCAUUUUAGGUUGUCUUAAGAUGCGUUGGUCAACUGAAGCAUACAAAAUUAAAGAAGAUACCAGCGAUGCAAAACGUGGUGUAACGUGACAGACAGACAGACAAACAUUAGCGACUCUGUGCCAGUUUUGGUGAUCUCACUGCUGGGUCAGUGCUGAAGAAAUCAAAGGUAUGGGAAAAGCAGGAUGUAAAAAUCCCCUUAUCCAUUUAUGUGAGAAGCAUCUUUUAUUAAGUAAAGAAGUGUGAAGUCAAGUCUUUAGCUAAAAUAGGGGUUAGGUGUUUGUUGAACAAAGUGCUGUUGGACGCCAAAGAUCCAGUGUUAUGAUGGUUAAAAGAGGUUUAAUAAAAAUGGGAAUA